GCUUUUCAGCGAGUUUUUAGGACAUCCUGAUAAUAAUGAAUUACAGUAGUCCAGCCUGGAAGUAAUAAAUGCAUGAACUAGUUUUUCAGCGUCACUCUGAGACCGUUUCCGCUCCCUUAACACUAAAGCAGAGAGAAUGAGGAGGAGCUUCUUCGCCCAGGCUCUUCGGGCCCUGAACCAGAUGUUCGACCUGGGCUUCAGGCACUUUGUGGGAGUGGACGGCAGUGAGGGCAUGUUGGAGAAAGCUGAAAAGACCGGCCUCUAUCAGGAUCUCAAACUGGUCUUACUGGGUCCACAGCCGCUACCUGUACAGACUGGUGUGACACAUACACACCUGUCACACACUCAUAAAUAUAGCCCUGUUCUUCUCGUGCUAACUGAAGGGAUUUCUGUCUUGGUUCCAGAUGUGUUUGAUGUGGUGACCAUUGUUGGCGCUCUGGACGCUGGUUUUGUUCCAGUCAGUGCUGUCAGGGAGCUGUGCCGGGCCGCCAAACCAGGAGGCUUUGUCUGUUUGAUGAGAGGGAACCACAGGGGAGCACCGGCAGCGAGUUACAAGAAGGACCUGGAGACAGAGCUGCAACAGAUGGAGGAGGAGGGACUGUGGAGUCGGGUAGCAAUCCAGGAGGUGGACAGAUACAUGGAAGACCCACAUCUGAAUAUUGAGAGAGACGGGAAGACCGAGCAGCAGGUCUCGUACAUCAGUGGGAAUGUUUAUUUCUACAAGAAAUCGGUCAGUCCAUAGGGGUAUGUGGCGCAGCUGAGUGGGAGUGGUGGAGCUCAGUGGGUUCAGGGUGUGCUGCCAGGGGAGGCUGACCCACACAAUGCAGCUGUUCUCAACCACCUGUAGGAUGCUGAGUCCUGAUGGGAGAGCUGUGUGGUGUGUGGAUCUGAAGGAGGCAGGUGGCUCUCACAUCAUCUGCAGUUCUGCUGGUCAGUGACAUCAUCAGGGGACGACUUCAAACCUGCCGAUAUGUUUUUUUAAAAUUCACUUUUUUUCAUCUUAGACUUUUUGUCAUUUUGAUUUUGGAGUCAGAUUACCUGCUGUUUUAAACAAUGUCAGUCUAAAUAUGAGACCAGCAAUAACCUGAGAAUCAGGUUAGAUGAUCAGCACAGUUA